AUGACAGUUGAUUCCACUGAGCAAUACGGUUUCGGUACCAAGGCCAUUCACUCUGGUGCCCCAAUCGACCCCCACACCGGUGCCGUCAUCGAGCCAAUCUCGUUGUCCACCACCUUUGCUCAAUCUGAGCCAUCCAAGCCUCUUGGUAUUUACGAGUACUCUCGUUCCGCCAACCCUAACAGAGACAACUUUGAAAUUGCUGUUGCUUCUUUGGAAGGUGCCAAGUACGCAUUGGCCUUGUCCUCUGGUUCUGCCACCACCGCAUUGGUCAUCCAAUCCUUGCCAAUCAACUCCCACAUCAUUUCUGGUGGUGACGUCUACGGUGGUACCCACCGUUACUUCACCCAAGUUGGUAACACCCACGGUGUUGAAGCCACCUUUGUCGGUAACUUGGUCCAAGACUUGAAGGCCAACCUUAGAGACAACACCCGUUUGGUGUGGUUAGAAACUCCAUCCAACCCAACCUUGUCUGUCACUGACAUUGCCAAGGUCACCCAAAUCUUGAAGGACCACGAAGCCGAGACUGGUAACAGAGUCUUGUUGGCCGUUGACAACACCUUCUUGUCCCCAUACAUCUCCAACCCAUUGUCCCACGGUGCUGACAUCGUUGUCCACUCCGUCACCAAGUACAUCAACGGUCACUCCGAUGUUGUCAUGGGUGUGUUGGCCACCAACGACGACGAAUUGCACAACAGAUUCAGAUUCUUGCAAAACGCCAUUGGUUCCAUUCCAUCUCCAUUCGACUCGUGGUUGGCCCACAGAGGUUUGAAGACCUUGCACUUGAGAGUCAGACAAGCCUCGCAAACUGCCCAGAAGAUUGCUGAGAUUUUGGCUGCUCAUCCUUUGGUUUCCAAGGUCAACUACCCAGGCUUGAAGUCUCACCCUAACCAUGACGUUGUCGCCAGACAACACAGAGACGGCUUAGGUGGUGGUAUGAUCUCUUUCAGAAUCAAUGGUGGUGCCAACGCUGCUUCCGUGUUCACCUCUUCCACCAAGUUGUUCACCUUGGCUGAAUCCUUAGGUGGUAUUGAGUCCUUGGUCGAAGUCCCAGCCAUCAUGACCCACGGUGGUAUUCCAAAGGCCGAAAGAGAGUCCAACGGUGUGUACGAUGACUUGGUUAGAGUUUCUGUUGGUAUUGAAGAAACCGACGAUUUGAUCGCUGACAUCAAGCAAGCUUUGGAAAAGGCUGCUGCUUAG